AUGAGUUCAAAAUCAGACCAAGACACUUUGAUUGAAAUGGGGUUUCCUCCUGAUAAAGUUGCCCGUGCUUUGAAAGCUACGAAAGGUGCAGGGCUGCAACCUGCAAUGGACUGGUUAAUUUCUCAUCCUGGUGAGCUUGACGAAGAGCCAGCUGCAAGAUCAUUAGGUGGACAGCCAGCUGGAGAACCUGUUGGUAGUACAUCUAGUACUUCUGAAGAUCAGGAUGAGGGUGAAAUUCAGGAUGGAGAGCAGACAGCACAAUCUUUACAAUGCAAUGAUUGUCAGAAACUACUUCGAGAUGCAAGUGCAGCGCAAACUCAUGCGGCCAAGACUGGACAUGUAAAUUUUUCUGAAUCGACCACUGCCAUUAAGCCAUUGACAGAAGAGGAAAAGAAAGAAAAAUUAUUAGAAUUGAAACAACGCUUGGCUGAAAAGCGCGAAUUACGUAUUGCUCAAGAAAAAGAAGAAGAAAAAACUCGGGAAAAAAUUCGAAGAAAGUCCGGUAAAGAAUUAACAGAGGCUAAGAGUAAAUUGGAAGAAAAGGAAUUGCAAAAAUUAUUACAAGCGAAGAAGAAAGAAAAAGAGGACGAAAAAAUCGCCAAGGCCAAAAUAAAGGCGCAAAUCGAAGCUGAUAAAAAAGAGAGAGCUGCAAAGCGUGAAGCGGCAAAACAGGCCGCUCAGAUACAAAGACAAGAAGAAGAAGCAGAAGCUGCGGCCGCUUCAAUUGCGGUAAAGAAAGAAUACAAUGAAACACGGUUGCAGAUUCGACAACAAACAGGAGCACCCAUUACUCAAACAUUUCAAUCUACCGAUACUUUACAAAUUGUGUACGAUCUUGUCAGUCAACAUAUUACUGGUCCAUUCAAAUUGAUGACAACAUUCCCAAGGAAAGUGUUUGGAGAAGAGGAAAUGCAACAAACUUUGAAGGAUUUGAGUAA